ACUGUGCAUGCGCGGCCCCGGGAGCUUGUAGCGCGGCGAUCGGCGGUGUGCUGUGUCCCUCGUCAAUGGAAAGAGUCGAAGAUGUCGGCUCGGUCAUGUGAGCACCUGUGUCCAUUCAUAGCUGAUCACAUGGGACAUGUACACUGAUCAUCAGGGCACUGAUGAUAAGUGUGCCCUGAUGAUCAGUGUAGCUCCAGCAGUGCCACCUGUCAGUGUCCAUCAGUGCCAGCUGUCAGUACUCAUCCAUGCCACCUGCCAGUGUCCAUCAGUGCCACAUCAAUGCCACAUAUCAGUGCCUACCAGUGCACAUCAAUGCCACAUAUCAGUGCCCAUCUGAGCUGCUUUUCAGUGUCACCCAUCAGUG